CAGACACACACUCGGAUCUGCAGCAGAGCCUCGUCCUCGGGGCUUUUUAAACCGUGCUCUCGCUUCACGCUCCAACAACAACAUCCUGCAGCCGAGGCACCGCGUCCAACCGACGGACACCGCGGGGACAACGACCCGCCUCAGCUCCGGGGACAGACGACGAGGACAUUUUAUUAACGUGUCUAAAAAGAAAGAGAGAGAGAGAGAGAUAGAGAAAGAGAGAGAGAGAGAGAGUCCGGAUAGGAGCUGCGGGUCAUUCACCCCUUCACCCCCCGGAGCGGAUCCACACCGUGAGUCCCCGGUGCCGGUCCCCGGUGAGAGGAGCUUGCGGACCGGGCGUGAGAGACCGUCUCUCCGUCGUGCUCCCACCGGUCGAGGCCGCGGAGGACUGCGGGCGUUGAUGCAGCAUCUGCGGGGUUCGAAUCCGCCACCGCUCGGAGGAUCCUGGGGAGGACAAAAGGUGAAACCAACCCGGGCCCGGACCCGAGGACCAGCGGCUUGUGGACCCCCAGUGUCUGCGUGAGGGGAUUGUGUGUGAUCCAGUGAAGUGACCGCCGCCCGCAGGUCUCUGCGUCAGGAUGGCGGCCGUGGUGAACUACUCUCCUCCGUGGUGGGUGAACCUGCUUCACCGGCUGCCACAUUUCAACAUCGAGUUCCAGACGGUGAGCAGUGACUUCAGGCCCGAGGACUCCGAGUAUCAAAAGUCCGUCUUGCUGCUCGGCGCCGUGGCCUUGCUGUGUUUGGGCCUGGACCUCCUCUUUCUCCUGUUCUACUCUUUCUGGCUCUGCUGCCGGAGACGCAAGAGUGAUGAAUCCUCUCACUCCCAUUCCCACUCGCAGCAGCAGCCGAGCGCUGACUGCUGCUGCACGGCCUGGUGCGUCAUCAUCGCCACACUUGUCUGCAGCGCUGGCAUCGCCGUGGGCUUCUACGGGAAUGGAGAGUCGAGCGAUGGAGCCAAUCGUUUGGCGUACUCCCUCCGUCACGCCAACCGCACUGUGUCGGGGGUGGAGAAGCUGGUGUCUGACAGCGCCCUAGCCUUAAACCAGACCGUGGAGGAGAACCUGGUCCAGUUGGAGACGGCCUUCCAGGACCAGACCGACUACGUGUCCAUCGUCCAGAAGCUGCAGGGCCAGCUGGAUGAGCUGGUGAGGCUGAUGGUGGACGUUCCCUUCUGGUCCAACACCGAUGUGUCACUGGAGGACUUGGCCCGCAAGACUGAGGCUUUUGACUUUUACAGGUGGAUGGGAUACCUGGGCCUGCUGCUGUUUGAUGUUCUCAUCUGUCUCCUGGUGCUCUUCGGCUUGAUUCGUAACUCCAGAGGAACUCUCAUCGGAGUGUGUCUGCUGGGGGUUCUGACUCUGAUCAUCAGCUGGGGGUCUCUCGGCAUGGAACUGGCUGUCGCUGCUUCAGCCAGCGACUUCUGCGCUUCCCCCGAUACCUACAUCACCAGGGUAACCAAGGAAAACGCUGUCAUCAACCAAGAUAUCCUGCAGUAUUACCUGAGGUGCAGUCCUGGCCAAAUUAAUCCCUUCCAGCAGAGGCUGUCAGGGAGUCACAAAGCAUUGGUGGAGAUGCAGGAUGAUGUGGCAGAGCUACUGAGAUCAGCAACACGUGAUUAUGCCAACACCAAGGGGAGUCUCGAGCAAAUCCAGUCUGUGCUGAAUUCCACGGAGGUCGGUCUUCACCAGCUGACGGCUCUGGUCGACUGUCGCAGCCUCCACAUGGACUACGUUCAGGCAUUAACAGGCCUGUGUUAUGACGGAGUCGAGGGUGUCAUCUACCUGGUUCUCUUCUCCUUUGUCACUGCUCUGAUGUUCUCCUCCAUCGUGUGCAGUGUGCCACAUACCUGGCCCGGCAAGAGGACGGAUGAGGAAGAUGGAGAGGACGAGUCGGCCGCCUCACGUGGCGGCGUGCACGAUAACCUGUACCGCGUUCACAUGCCCAGUCUCUACAGCUGUGGCUCCAGCUACGGUAGCGAAGCUAGCCUGCCCGCUACAGCCCACACUGUCAGCAAUGCCCCCGUCACUGAAUACAUGAGCCAGAACGCAAACUUUCAGAACCCUCGGUGUGAGAACACCCCCCUGAUUGGCAGGGAGUCCCCUCCACCCUCUUACACCUCUAGUAUGAGAGCGAAGUACCUGGCCACCAACCGACCGGACCAGAACCGACGCUCCGUUCCCAACGACCACCUGGACCCGGCUAGCCGGCCUCACCCCGCCGCCCGACCCCAGUCGUCAGUGCACUAAAUACCAGUCCACAUCAGUACUGCCUGAAUCCAGUUCUCACCGCCAACAGGACCCAUCGCUUCAAGCAGCAACCGGACCCCAGUUCCUCAAAGUCCACUGAAUCUCACUUCAUCACCGGUUCACCAGACAACACAGCAAGUCAGAACUCACCAACCACAAGUCCCAGAAAAGGUCAACAAGUAUUCAAAAAAUCUAAACCAAUCAAUCUUCUUCCUCUUACAAGUUCAAUAUCUCUGCUGCUCCUCUUCCUCGUGAACGCACAUCUCAUGUUGCUCAGUCCACCACUGCUGGUCAGACCGCACUACCCACAAUCCACUGCAGCUCUGGCUCCUUCUCCUUUCUCUCUGUUUCUUCUUCUGCCUCUCCAGAUAUCUCCUCCUCCACUAGGAUCUGUACACUGCCCUCUAGUGGAGAAAGCUACACCACUUCAACACAUACUCGCACUGUACAGAGCUGUAAAUAGUAAACAUGUGCUUUAUCCUGAUUCCAUGAAACGUAGACUGAUGAAUCAUUACUGGUAACGUGGUGUGCUGUGUGUUUAUCAUGGAAAAGUUUCGUUGUAUCUCUCCUACACACAAACACACACACACACACACGCACACACACACACAUUGUAUGAAUAGGAUUCCAGUGAAUCAGAACGCCAUGUUUAGGUAGAAACUCGCACCACAUCCACAUUCUCUCUUUAACUUAACAUUGGUGUCUAAUAACGAAGACUUGAAUCGUGAGCUUCUGAAGUGUGUCUCUCUCCGUGCGUGUUCACGUGCACGUCAGUUAAUGCAUAUUUUGAACACGAGCCAGGAAUCCUGUCGAGGACUAAACGCUUUGAAGCUCUUGGGAAAUGGAGGGAGAGACAAAUAGGACAUGAAGGAGGCUCAACCUGUGCCAAAAACUAUAUCAUAAAUAUGAGGGAUGCUUGAUGCUGUCCUCUGCUCCUGCUGCCUCCAGAUGAAACAGACUCUAUCUGGAACGUUUCCUCUGUGACUGUAAAUAAAAGGGAAGAAGAGAGACACUUGAAACGGGAAGCGAUGGACAGAUGAUUGUUACCUCACGUUUGCCAGGUGCUAAAUAAGCCAGAGGACGAUCAGCACUGAGGAAGGGAUGGAAAAGUUUUUCUUACUACAGUGUUCUUUUUUUCCAAAUCAGGGAUGUGAUCAGGAAAACACAACAAAGAUGAAAAAAAAAACAACAACUUUACAUCUUCACCGACAGGAAGUUGUGCCCUGAACCCUGAUAAAACACGUCCCUGAUUAAUAACGUUACCUAAGUGUUUCAGAAUUAAAGACAGUGGGUGUUGUUUUUUUUAUGUUCAUUCAUAAUCUGACAUUUGGGUUGUAAUACUGUGACCAACUGUAGUAUUCUAUGUUUCUUAAUUCCUGUGCUUUUAUUUUGUUAAGCGGUGACUUGUGAUAUUCAGCCACCAGACGCAAGAUUUUAUUUUGUUUGUUUUUUAAUUUUUUUACCCACAAGCACAAAUUCUCUUCAAGGUGACAUCGUGAGACGGAGAAGUAAAAACACUGCCAGUGGUUUUUCCUCCGACUCUGAAACUCUGUGUACGAAAACAAAACUGUAGUGGUGAACCCGUGUGUGUGUGACAUCACUGCAGCGUGAUUGGCUGUUGCUCUAUCUCGGUGUUACCUUGUGUAAAUACAGUGAUCAGUGUGUGUGACUGGCCGCAAGCCAGGGUCAGUCUAUCUUAGCCUGAGUCAUUUCUAUAGAGACGCUGCACACACACACACACAUACACAGUACCACACACACACACACACACCCACACAUAUAUAUAUAUAUACAUGGCGUGCAGACACACACACACACAUGCACACACAUUACACACACUGCAGUAUCGUAAAAAGACCCAUCUUUCCCUGCUUUUGCCCUGUUUAGUAUCCGCCCACCCUCCCACAGCUGUGACAUCACACCAAUGACCAUUUGCAUUAUGGGUGAUGUAGUAGGUAGUAGCUGCAUUUCAGAGAAACCCCCGUAGUUAGCAGAGCGAGCGGAGCCCCCCCCACCUCUCAACCACCAUUCCUGUACAGCAUUUUAAUAUUUUACGAUUAAUCAAUGACCACUUCUCGUAUUAGCGAGACAAUCUUACAAGUGUGAUUUUACUAGAAAGAAAAUGUCCAUGUUAUGGUAACAAUGCUACCUAUGGUCUAGUAUUUUACAGUGUGUUUUUCUUUUUCUUUUUUUUUUGUUGCACCAUCGAUGCAAACGAUGUUAAGAUCUGUGGGACUAGUCACUGAUUAAUGGCCUUUCAUAAUGUUUUUAAACUCUUACAACACUUCAUAUCACGACAUGUUUUUUUAUUUCUCUCUGUCUUGUAAAAAAAACUCAAAGUUUAAAGAUAAAACAAUAGCUAGCUGUUUUGUAGGAGAAUAAAGGCAAGAGCAGCGUUUUUCCUCUCUUAUUAAUGGUGAAUGACUCUCUGUCUUGCAAUGUUUUAAUAAAACUAUUCCAGUGUUCCCUGCACACCUGGAUCAAAGUUGUGUUUGAAUUCCUGUGCGAUGAUUUCUGGGAUUAACCUGGUCCAGCUCGAAUCGAUGGGGGGGAAAGAAAGUGUGUAUGUGUGGAGUUCACCAGACUUCAAACACACCUCUAUCCAGAUGUGACGGACAAUGUUUUCUAUGGCUGUUUUUAUUUUCUGAUGGUUUAACUAAGAUAUUAAUGAUGUACAUGUCGAAACUGUGGUAAUGAUAUCAUUCAGCCUGGAAUAAAUGUUUAAAAAAAUGAAAUUAAAGCAAAUUUAACGUA